AGAACUAGGUAGCCGACUUCCGUAAUAAACAAACCAUAUGCAACCGUCACAAAAGUUACACAGUCUACUUUACUCCUUUAAUUUAGAUCUACAGUACUGAAUUACCAGAUCUAGACAUAUAGAUCUAGAUCUAUCUCAUUUGUUUAAAAAAAAAUGCCCGCAGGUGAUGGUGAUAAGGCGAAUGAUUUGAAGGAAAGAAUCGCUCUUUUUGUAGAUGAACUUAAAAAAGGCACCUCACAAGGCUCCUGUGACGUUGCUAUAAAAACCAUCAAUUUAUUAAUUAGAAUCAUUUCACAGACUAAAUUUUCCACAGAAAAGGAUUUAAUUAGGCAUGUAGCAGCUGAAGGGUCAAAGAUUCAGGCUGGAGAUCCAUCAGAAAAUAUUAUUGGCAAUAUAAUUUUUAGAGUUUUGAAAAUAAUCAGGGAUGAAUGGAGGGAGAUUUCUCAAGCAAAUGAUACAGAAGCACAGAUAAGUCAUACCUUAAAGGCAUCAAUCAUUGAAGCAGUAUCUGAAUUUAAGACUGAAAUUGAAGGAUGUGUGGACAAUAUUGCUGCCCUCGCUCCUAAUUAUAUCAAUGAAAAUGAUGUUGUUUUGACUAUUGGGAGGUCCAGAACUGUUGAAGCUUUAUUUAAGCAUGCAGCAUCAAAGGGCAUCAAAUUUCAAGUUCUUGUUUCUGAAUGUGCACCUUUUUACAAGGGUCAUGAAAUGGCCAAAAAUUUGGCUCAGGCAAAGAUCAAUACAACUUUAAUUACUGAAUGCCAGAUUGGAAUAGUUAUGCCUCGAGUUAACAAGGUUGUUAUUGGCACUCAUUCUAUUAUGGCCAAUGGGGGAUUAAAAGCUGUCACUGGAACAAAUAUAUUAUCAGUUUUGGCUAAGGAAACUAACAAACCUGUAAUUGUCUGCUCCAGUAUGUAUAAAUUGUCCCCUCUCUUUCACAGCACUCCAAAACAUGCUUCUUUCAACAAAUUUGCCACCCCUAGUGAGAUUCUGGAUUAUGAAGAUGCAGAACUGUUGUCUAAAGUAGAAGUCAUGGCACCGAUCUUUGAUUAUGUGCCACCACAUCUUGUUUAUAUGAUUCUUAGUAAUAAUGGUGCACAGCCUGUCUCCUAUGUCUAUCGUUUAGUGAAAGAUUUUUACCAUCCUGAUGAUGUUGAACAACCAACUAAUUCGUAAUAAAUAUAUAUAUAUAUAUAUAUAUAUAAAUUUCUUUUGUGGAAAUUGCUGAAGUUUUCAUUGUAAUGUAAUAUAAUAAAUGUUAACUAAAUUGUU